GAUCACAUACACGUUCAGGGAAGCAAGUCUUUAUAAGUAGAAGCCAUCCGAGUCCCCGGGACUUACUCCCUCUUGAGACGCGCCACGAUCGGACGAUUUACAGAAAAUCCAUUUGCGUUACAAAAAUUGCGGUAGAGAGAUCAUUUUCCGCGGCUCGAGGAGAACUCUGCUCCACCGAGAACUAGUCUUCGAUCGAAAUUGCGACAAUUUCAACAUCGAGGAGGAUUGUCGACGGCCUAGGGGGUUGAGGGUGUCCAUGGUGUCAAGUGCGAGGAACGUCACGGCUGAAAAGAAUGUUCAUUAACGGGGGACGUCGCAACCUUAUAAAAAAGCUUCAGUGGAUUGCCCGGAGUUGGCCGAGACUACUGCUGCUGAUAAUGGUGAUAACUCGAGGUAAUACAGCAUCAGCCCAGCAAAAUCAACAGAAUGGGUUUGAGUGUAACGAGGAGGGCUACCAACAGGACCCAAGGAGCUGCAGUAUUUACUACAGAUGUGUCAAUUGGGGAAACGGAACUCCCCUCACUAAAUUUAAAUUCGAGUGUGGCCCUGGCACUGUCUUCUCCCACGCCAAGGGCGACAUAUGUGUUCAUCCGCGCGAGAGUGAGAGAAGUGAGUGCAGCGAAUCGGCGAACGAUCUCGACUCUGUGAGCCACAAACCCUCGUCGAAUGAGCAAACAGGGCCACCUGCGGCGUAUCCAGAUUAUCCGAGCUAUGGAUCACCAUUACCCGGCACUCCAUCAAGUGAAUUGUCGUCGACGACAAGCGGAGCGUUUGAAUCAACAAUGAAUCCACGGCCAACGUCCAAUAAUUAUCCAGGAAGUGUCCAUGGUCAGGAUAAUGGGGGAAGCCAGUGUCAACAGGAGGGUUUUAAACCAGAUGAAAGAGAUUGUCGUAAAUUCAUUAGAUGUGUUAGUAAUGGGGCUGGUGGUUAUCAGAGGUAUGAAUUUACUUGUGGCGAAGGUACGGUGUGGGAUCCGUCGAUAGAGGCGUGUAAUCACGCGUGGGCGGUGUCGAAAAGUAAUUGCGGUGAAAUGUCUAACGGAGGUUCUAACGUGGGAGGUGGCAAUGAGGGCUCUAAUGAGCAGAGUGGCUAUCCUGGGUCGUCGGGUGAGCCUGGAUAUACGGAGGAGUCAGAGUCUAAUGAGGUGCCGCGUCCACCGGGGGGCUAUCCACAGGGGACUGAGGUCUCGACUGCGCCUGGAGGACCGCUUUCGGGAUAUCCGCAGUAUCCUAAUCAGGGGUAUCCACAAAAUCCAUCUGAGACGGCGGGUUCUCCUUAUCCGUCCGACUCGGGACCGCAGAGACCCCAGGGACCUAGUGCACCCCAUCCUCCUCCUCCUUCGGGGUAUCCGCAAAAUCCACCGGAGACGGCGAGUUCUCCUCGUCCGUCCGACUUUGGACCGCAAAGGCCCCAGGGACCCAGUGCACUCUAUCCUCCUCCUCCUCCUUCGACAGGCUAUCCAUCGUCGCGGCCGGACGAGAGACCCAGUCAGCAAGGAGACAGCUCUCCCGGAUCAUUCUACCCCCCUCCGUACCCAGGAGUUCCUCCCACUCAACCUGACAAGCCUUCCACUUCCGAAUCUUCCGAAUUACCCGGCACCACAGAAUCCCCUGAAGAGGGCUCCUCAAGACCUCCUGGUGGACUCUACCCUCCGCCCCCUCAAAACCCUGGAGAAGCGACUGGCGCGUCGGGCCUGGGGAGACCGAAACCAGAUGCCUCGGGGUCUUGCACGGAGGAGGGAUUCUUCCCCGAUCCCAGCGACUGCAAAAAGUUCUACAGGUGCGUGGAGGGCGAGGGUUCAUACCAGAAGUACGAAUUCACUUGCGGCGAGGGCACAGCUUGGGAUCAAGCCCUCUUGACCUGCAAUCACGACUACGCAGUGCCUGGAUGCGGCUCGAGUGCCGGAAGUGAGAGACCGGGUGGCACUGAGACCGAGGGCACACCGUCGAGUUCAUCGAACGAGGUGACUUCUGAACCUGAUGGUAAUCAGCAGCCCACCUCCGCGCCGGUUGACGGGACUUCGUCGGGGGGUACGACAGCAGAGUCAAGUGGUACGACUGUUAGUAGUCAGUCAAGUUCAAAUCCUAGCACAGAAACAUCUGGGGAGGGUACGACUGAGGGAGCGAGAGAGCCGGAUACAACUUCUGAGGGAUCUACAUCUUCGGGAAGUUCGACGUCUUCGGAGAGUUCGACGGCUUCGGAAAGCCCAUCGGAAGGUACUUCUUCCGCGAGUACUGUCCCCUCCUCAGGUACCUCGUCUUCGCCGACGACUGCAUCAUCUCCGGACGGCUCAUCUACGACUUCGAAACCAGAUGAAGGAUCUGGGGGCUCUACCCCUUCGAAACCUUCAGGAUCCUGCGGGGCUGAAGGAUUCUUCGCUGACCCCAAUGAUUGCCACAAGUUUUACCGAUGCGUUUCCUUCGACCAUUCUUCCAAAUCAUUCACUAAAUUCAAGUUCAACUGCGGUCCUGGUACCGCUUGGGACCAGAAUCUCCAAACGUGUAAUUAUGAAGACCAAGUCGAGAGCUGCGAGGGGUCAGGUGGAAGUAAACCGAGUAGUGAGGGCCCCGAUGAGUCGAUGAACGAGAUUGAAUCGUCCGCGAAACCGUCAGGAUCGUCAGAAGGCACAACCCCCUCUUCUGCUGGAACUGAAGAGUCCUCUACUCCGGCAGCAACUACUGAUUCUUCAGAAGGCACGACCCCCUCAUCUUCAGAAACAGAGGAAACUCCUACGUCGGCAGCGACCACUGAGUCUUCAGAAGCUACAACCUCCUCGUCUUCCGAGACUGAAGAGACUUCGACGCCGGCAGCAAUCACAGAAUCUUCAGAGGCCACGACUCAGCCCUCCACAGAAACUGAAGGGUCUACACCACUGGACAUGACACAGAGCACCCCAGAUAUAAGUUCUGAAGCAACGACUCCGCCAGGAUCAACGGACUCGUCAACGGAGGAGCCUGAAGAUACCAGCACCACAACAUCAGUCCCCUCGACGACACCUGGAUCCGAACCUUCUUCAUCCUCUCCUGGCGGAGCAACAUCAAGCUCUCAGCCUUCUUCAAGUAAAUUCAAAUGCACGGACGAGGGAUUCUUCCCCAACCCCUCAGACUGCCACAAGUUCAUUCGAUGUGUAAAAGUGAAUAAUGGAUUCAUAAAAUACGAAUUCGAUUGCGGUCCAGGUACCGCUUGGGAUCAGAACCUCCAGACUUGCAACUAUGAGGCACAAGUGGAGUCAUGUGAAGCUGGUGGCAGCCCCACGACGGAAUCAUCGAGUACAGAGUCAAGUUCUUCGUCAACUGAGAGUUCAGAAACAACUGAACCUGGUGCUUCCACAGAAUCAUCAACGACUUCUGGAGAUCAAUCAACUAGCCCUGAAGGUACUGAAGGCACUACUGAGGGGUCGACAGGGGCUGAAUCGACGACUGCAGGUGGAGAGGGUGAGACGACCCCCCCGGGAGGUGAAGAAACGACGACAGGCACUGACGAGACGCCAACUACUGAGGGGACGGGUGGCACUGAGGAAACGGGAGGAACCGAGGGGCCGGAGACCACUGACAGCACUCCAGCUGUCCCACCGGGGGCAAUGGCCGCACCAUGUGCCGUUGGUAAUUUAACCGACGAGCAGAUUGUUCUAGUCUGUCCUACUGGGUUCAGGAGACAUCCCAAGUUUUGUAAUAUGUUCUAUCAGUGUACGAGUCAGGGGAAUAUGGAAAUCAAGAUAUUGGUGAUGGUGUGCCCGGAGGGCACCAUCUUUGAUGAUAAGAAGGUGCAAUGUCUUGCUGAAGGAGAGACCGAUCAGCAGUGUAUGAGCCCUACAACUUCUUCUAGAUUUUAUAGACAAUUGGAGGAUACGCCCAUCUCACCUAUACGAGUAACGAGAAGUACCCUCUGUCCCGACGAAGGCCAUUAUCCAUACCGGGAGGGCUGUAGCAAUGCAUUCUACAAGUGUAAGAGAAAUUCCAGGAAUUCUCUCGAGGGAUACCUAUACAAAUGUCCAAAAGACUUUGUCUACUGGUCAGUAUCCAGACGAUGUGAGCGGGCAAGCCGACUACCAAUGUGUUCUCAAGUUGAGGACGAAAAUAACGAGAGACGACAUGCCUGGGAAAGCAGGUCGAAUUUGCCAAUUGAGGAAUUCAACUUAUCAGCGAGGAGUCUCAAGAUUUAAUGAGACACUAUACAACCAGCAUGUCGUUUAUUUUUAUUGUCUGCAUCAGUUUAGGUUGGUAAUUUGAAUCUCCGUACGAUUUUACUCGAGUCUUUAAUUCACUCGAGUUUUAUUUUUCGGGAAAAAAAAUCAUACGAGACAUUCGGGAUAUUAGUUUGGUUGUGGGGAGUUGUUUCAUUAAUUCCGGUAGUUGUGUUCAUUCCUAUUAUCGCUAUGCGAUGAUUGACUUUAAAUUAUGAACUAGGAAGAGACGAUUAAAUAUUCGUUCAUACACGAAUCAUCAACUAUUUGUCAUUAAUUGUAUAUAUUUCCUUUUAUCAUUCGUGUAAGGUGUAUUUGAUCUACUGCCUUAACAGUAUCAAAUAAAAAUUACAAAUUACGAUUGGAAUAUAUUAAUAUUUCGUAAUUAUCAUCGAUAGAUUUAUAUGCGCCUGAAAGGCUCGUACUGUCUGCAUUACAACCAUUCAAUAAAUAAUUAAAAUGCAUUAAACAAUA